ACUGCGCAACCUGUCGCGCAUUAGCACGGUCCAUUGGAAAAGCUUAUGGGUCCAUCAGCCAUUGGAUGGGAAACGGAUGAGGUGGCUAAAGUUAGUCAGAGAAUCCAGGCCGCCCUCUAACCCUAGUUUCAUUCUUUUUUUCUAAUUUUCAAAUUAGGUUUUUUUUUAAGGAAUGGAGGCCCUAACCUCCUAAUGUUCUUUGGGCUUUGGGCUUUGAGAUUCAAGUUCUGGCCUGUGAUUGCCUCUUUUCUUAUUCCCGUGCGUUUUUAUUUUUACGUAUUUUCGGGGUAUUUUUGUUCCGAUUUUCGAUUCGUGAGGUUUACUUGAUCUUUUUGCAAACUUCUUUCUGAACCUGUCACAGCUUGAUAUUGCGCAUCUAUGGCUUAAGUUUGGUUUGGAUCCAUGGAGUUUCGAAUUAGUAUUUUGCGUUUGAAUUUUCGGCCUUGUUCUUGGCUUUCACUUUUCUCUUUCUGUUCUUGUGCUUCCGGGAGGAAUCGCACGAGGAGCGCACGCCUGCAAGAGCGGCUCCAGUCCGAGGUGCGUGGCUAGCGGAGCCGCUGGCUCAGCGGGGCGCGCUCGAGGCGAGCAGCUCCCGGCGGCGGCGGCCGGCGCGCUGCAGCAGGAAGACAGCGCUUGCGGCGGCUGCAGCUCUCGGAGCGAGCUGGCCGAGCAGGCCGUGAGGCACGCGGCCCACGCUCGGUCCGGCCAGGAAGGGCUAGCGGCCGGUCCACUCGGCUCGAGAAGGCGCGGUGGCCUCGCGGUCCAGCAGAGAGGCCGAGGAGCCCCAUUCCCAUGCGGGGGCACAGCGCGGCCCGAAGCGAGGGAAGCGGCCCAGGUCGGUGGGAGCAACUGUCGGCCUAGGAAAGGGCGCCACAGGCGGCUUGCGCAGGGCCCACAUCACCAGCCAUCAGCUUGCGGCCCAGGUGCACCAGGCGGCACAGCAGCACAGCAACAAGAAAGCACCGUGACUCCGUGAGCCUAUUUUCUUCUUCUUCUCUUCUCGCAUUUAUUUAUUUCCUGUUGUUAUGCUAUGACUAGUUUUCUAGUUAAUUAGUGUUUAAUCUUUCUGAUUGUUUUUAAAUCUUUGCAUGCUUAAUUAGCUAAUUUAAAUUAGUUUUUAUUCCUGCUAAUAUUAGUUAAUUUAUGCAUGCUUAGUUAAGGUGCUUUAGAAGUAAUUUAGCUUGUUUUUCGGAGCAAGUUUUUCUUCGCCAUACUUUUUGUGUUGGUUCGUUUUGUGUUAAAUACUUCUAAUUGUUCCUAUGAUAAGCGUGUCACCAGUAGGCUCGUGUCAUCUUGGCGAUUAGAAAAGAUGUGUUUGGGCAGUGAUUUGGAGUGUGUUUUUCGUAUGAUUUUUUUUAUCCGCUCCUGUUCACCUCCUCUGGUCCCACAAUGGGCCCGAGUCAAGGAUCAUCCUUGUUUCGUCAACGUUCGGGGGAAGAGGACCGGUGAAAGGAACGGGGGCAAUCAGGACGGAUGCGAUGGUAAUAGACCCGGUAACGGGUGGACAGCUUUGGAGAUUCACAGGCUUCUAUGGGGAAUCGAGAAGAGAGCUUGGUUACAGAAGCUGGGAUCUACUCAAAUACCUUAACACGCAGAGUGCAAGUCCUUGGCUCUGCGCGGGGGAUUUCAAUGAAAUUCUUGACGCAAGUGAACAGUUUGGGGGCCUCACCAGAUCGGAGAGACAGAUGGAUGGUUUUCGGGACGCUGUCGAUACAUGUGGUUUCUUUGAUUUGGGUUUUAUUGGUCUACCUUACAUGUGGGAUAACCGGCAGCAAGGGGAUAGCAAUAUAAAGGUCAGAUUGGAUAGAGCUUUUGCAAACUCAUUUUUUUUCUGAUCUAUUCCGUGACAUAAGGGUGUGGCACUGCCAAACCACUGAGUCUGACCAUUGCUGCCUAAUGAUUAAGUGCGCCACUUCCAAUGCGAAAGGGAGAGGCGCUCGAAUUUUUCAAUAUGAAAAUAUGUGGAGACGACAUCCGGAGUACAAGGAGUUUGUCGAUCAUGUGUGGGGGGAUGGUGACAACAUCCAGAAUCUAGGGCAGUUAAAGGCCUCCCUAAAUCAAGUUCAGGGUGAACUCUAGGACUGGGACAGAUCGGUGUUUGGACAUGUGAAAAAGAACUUAGCUGAACUUCGUAAAGCACUUGAGCAGGAAAGGGGAAGGCUGCUGCGAUCGGGACCGUCAAGAAUAGAGAGGCGUCUUAUGGCGCAAAUUUCAGAAUUACUAGCUCGAGAGGAGGAGCUAGAGAAGCAAAGAUCACGUCUUACCUGGCUUAAAGAUGGAGAUCGCAAUACGGAAUUCUUCCAAGCCAAAUCAAAGGAAAGAGCUAGGAAGAAUCGGAUUGAGUCGCUGCAAAAUGAACAGGGCGACGUGGUGACUGAUCAACAGGAUUUGGAAGCACUUGCUGUGGAUUUCUAUUCAAAUCUGUUCACGGCUCAGCCUAAUUUGGAACCGGAACAGAUAGUGCAGCACGUGCCGCAUCGUGUCACAGAUGAUAUGAAUGAGGGUUUAUGUAAACCGUUCACGGCGGAUGAAGUCAGGAGGGCUCUAUUUAUGAUGGGCCCAAACAAAGCACCUGGGCCGGAUGGUUUUACGGCAGGUUUCUAUCAGCAUCAUUGGGAUAUUGUUGGCCCGUGUGUUACUCGGGCGGUUCUGAAUUUUUUGAAUGGAGGGGAACUCCCACCAGAUGUUAAUAGUACUACCAUAGUACUUAUCCCAAAGUGUAAGAACCCGCAGAACCUAAAGCAAUUUCGACCUAUCUCUUUAUGUAAUGUUGUUUAUAAAAUUUGCUCUAAGGUCAUUGCUAACAGACUGCGAGAGGUUCUUGAUGAUAUUAUUUCAGUGGAGCAGAGUGCAUUUGUCCCGGGAAGAUUAAUCACGGACAAUGUGCUAGUGGUGUAUGAGUGCACACACUAUCUGAAGCGAAAGAAAGGAAAAUCUGGUGCGUGUGCAAUUAAGUUGGACAUGGCCAAAGCCUAUGACAGAGUGGAGUGGGAGUACCUCAGAAGCAUCAUGCUAAAGCUGGGCUUUCGUGAGUCCUUUGUGACUUUAAUUCUGAGGUGUGUCAAUUCUGUUUGCUUCUCUGUCAAAUUGAAUGGACACCUAUCAGAGGUGUUCAAACCUUCCAGGGGGAUUCGGCAAGGAGAUCCGAUAUCACGCUAUAUGUUCCUUCUUUGUAGCGAAGGCUUAUCCUGCUUACUAAAGACAGUUGGUCCGAUGCACUUAUCCAGAGGAGUGAGAGUUGGUGUUCAUGCUCCAUGGAUCUCGCAUUUGCUCUUUGCGGAUGAUUGCUUAGUUUUUGCUGAAGCGUCGCUCAGAGGGGCCAGCAGACUGCAGGAAAUACUAAAUACUUAUGGAAGAGGUUCAGGCCAAUUGGUUAAUAGAGAUAAAUCUUCAGUUUUCUUCAGUCGGAACUGCACUGAUAAUAUGAAGAACGAAGUCCGAGAAACUCUGGCUAUUGAGAAUGAAGCAUUGGCAGAGAAAUAUCUGGGCCUUCCUACAACUCUUGGUAGGGCAAUCAAAGGAGUUUUUGUAACAAUGCCGAAUAGAAUUAACGGCCUAAUUCGGGGCUGGAGAUGCAGAGAGGCUAGCUGUGCAGGUAGGGAGAUACUUCUGAAGUCUGUCGCACAGGCAGUGCCUACCUAUCCGAUGUCUUGCUUUCUCCUACCUAUUGAUACCUGCAAAAAAAAUGAAGAGUGCAAUAGCCAACUACUGGUGGGGGAGCUCAGCAGAUAGCUCACGUAUACAUUGGCAAAGCUGGGAGCAUCUUACAAAGCCAAAGGCAAAAGGUGGAAUGGGUUUCAGGGACCUACCACUUUUUAAUCUUGCAAUGCUGGGAAAGCAAGGUUGGAGGUUGAUGGAGAGACCUGACUCACUAUGUGCUCGUGUGCUGAAAGGUAGAUACUUCCAUGACAAGGACUUCCUGGAGGACAAGGAAAAAACAUGCAAGCCAUACGUGGCGUGCAAUCCUUGCAGGAAGGGAUGUUCUAACAAAAGGACUUGUGAGGAGGAUUGGUGAUGGGACGACCACAAGUAUAUGGAGGGAGAAAUGGAUAGCAAAUCAUUUCAGUGGAAGGCAAAUAUCAUCUGAAACUCAGGAGGUCCAACUGGUGUCAGAUCUUUUAACACCAAGUGGACAAUGGAAUGAAAGUUUGAUCCGGGAAAUUUUUGUGCAUUUUGAUGCUGAAGCAAUUCUGCGUACACCGUGUAGAGGACUAAAUGCAGAUACCUGGUCUUGGGCAAAGGAAAAACAUGGUAUGUACACAGUCCGUUCAGCAUACCAGAUGCUUAAUGAUGACAGAUGUCGGCUUCUACAGGGAGAUGGGCCUGGGUCAUCUAGUGAUGGUGACUAGAAGUUAAUCUGGAAGCUAGAAGUGCCACCGAAAGUGAGAAUUUUCUGAUGGAGGGUAAUGCAUGAAUUCUUGCCCGCUAAACAGAUUCUUCACAGAAGACACAUUGAGCGUAUUGCAGCUUGUGAAGUCUGUGGGGCGGAGAGGGAGACAAUCAGGCAUGUCUUACUGGAAUGCACGAUGGCUAAAGUCUUUUGGGAACACACUAAAAAGCUGGCAGGAGUGAAGUUACCUCACCCGCAUCAGGAUACUUGGGCAAGGGACCUCCUGCUAGCGAAAGUUUGCUCAAGAAGGGAGGCUGCUGUGAUAAUGUGUGGAAUGUGGGCGCUAUGGAUGGCAAGAAACCGAAGACGCCAUGGGGAAAGGCCCAUCCCAGUGCAGCAAGCGGUGUUCUGGGCUAGAGACACAGCCUUUGAUCUCUGGCAGAUUUUACAUAGCAAGAAUGGAAACCAGCCGGCCCGUGACGUGUUGAGAUGGAAGCCUCCAGAGAUCGACUGGAUGAAAUGCAACGUUGAUGGGGCUUACUAUCCUGUUGACGGUUCUGAUGCGAUCGGGCUAGUUCUACGUGACCACCGGGGUGCCUUUGCAGGAACGCGAGCUAGAUGGCAAAAUCAUUCUCUGGAUGCUUUGUCCAUGGAAGCGCAGGCUGCAAAGGAAGGAAUAGAGUUCGCCCUUGAAAAAGGUGCCAGGAAUUUGAUUUUGGCGACGGAUUGCCAGGAAUUAGUCAAGUUAUGGGAGCUGGGUGUUUGUCAACGCUCGCUGAUUUCUCCAAUCUUGGCGGACAUUCAACAACGAAGCCGGAGCUCAGAUGGGUUUGUCUUAUUGUUUGAAGGUAGACUUUGUAAUAGAGUAGCCCAUCAAUGCACAAAACUUGUAUCGAGUAGUUCGCUGGUGGAGGAGUGGCCUUGUCCACCACCAGAGCUGCAUGACCUGCUCGCUGCAGAUUGUAAAAACUUUGUGAUUCCGUAAUGAAAGCUCCGGUGUUGCACAAAAAAAAAAGUUAAGGUGCUUUAGAAGUAAUUUAGCUUGUUUUUCGGAGCAAGUUUUUCUUCGCCAUACUUUUUGCGUUGCUUCGCUUUGUGUUAAAUACUUCUAAUUGUUCCUAUGAUAAGCGUGUCACCAGUAGGCUCGUGUCAUCUUGGCGAUUAGAAAAGAUGUGUUUGGGCAGUGAGUUGGAGUGCGUUUUUUGUAUGAUUUUUUUUAUCAGCUCCCGUUCACCUCCUCUGGUCCCACAAUGGGCCCGAGUCAAGGAUCAUCCUUGUUUCGUCAACGUUCGGGGGAAGAGGACCGGUGAAAGGAACGGGGGCAAUCAGGACCUAGUCCUUGCUUACAUUGGUGCCGACUGAGGAGCACAUCACAGCGGUGGAAGAGGGCCAGCGGAAAGAUAGGGCGGAAAAAGAGAGGAGAGAAGGGCAUGUCGCUUAUAGAUAGGCUCCAUAUGUCAGCGGGUCCAAGCUCAGCACACCUGGCUAAAACCGGUUUGCAAAACCAGCUGAAAGGGUUAAGUAAACGGUUUUGUGAAGUUGAAGGGUAAAAUAUUUGGGUUUUUUUUUAGUUGGAGGGUGAAUGGUGAUGCAGUCCAACCAUAAUAGUUUUUUUUCGGGGGGAGGGGGUUUCUGUAGAUUUCUUCCUCGUUUGGUUGGUCUGAUGAUAAAUUGCGCUGCUUGGUCUCACUUGAAAGUGGAAUAGAAAUUGGGAUAUUCUGCAGGGGGCAAAAGGAUCAUGUUUAGGCAACAAGAAAAAAAAAAGGUGAUCAAAGAUUCCUGAAAGCUGAUAAAUUGUGCAUAUCUUGGUCCAGUUUGUGGAUAUCAUCCAGUUGUCGGAACUGGUUGCAGUGCUGUAGUUUAGUCGUGCACAGAAGCCUCCCAUUUUACUCUGGCAAAGCAUUCUUUAUUCAAGAAUUCUGAGAUGUCUGUAGCUGUUUGCUAAUAACAAUGUUUAGUUCAGCUGACAUAGAAAACAGUACUUUGUGUUAAAAAAAAACGAACCGGCAGGAGGAUCUGCCUGUUGUAAGGAGGGAGGCUAGACAGCCCUUCAGAGAGUA